UGGAGCAGGAGCUCGAAGGGUUAUGGUGGCAGGUCUUCCUCCAAUUGGUUGUCUUCCAGUAAUAGUGACAAUGGAUAGCAUCUCACCUAGCCAAAACUGGCUCCAACGUGUUUGCAACGACCAACACAACAUUGAUUCUCAAAUUUACAACACCAAACUUCAAUCCCUUAUUCAUAAUUUAUUGCAAACUACACUCCAUGAUGCUAAGAUUGCAUAUUUUGAUAUCUAUACACCCAUUCUUGAUAUGGUCCAAUACCCAACCAAAUACGGGCUUGAGAAUUCACGUGAAGGAUGCUGUGGAACAGGGACAAUGGAGUUCGGUCCUGUUUGCAAUGAACUUGACAUGAUAUGCCCUGAUCCAUCCAAGUAUCUGUUUUGGGAUGCUGUCCACCCUACACAAAAAGGGUACUCAGUUAUGAUCAACACCGGUCUAGAAAAUACUCUCCUUUCAUACCUUACUAGUUAGAAUCACCUCCUAUUCCAUGGGAAACACCAAAAAUGAUUUUGUGAUG